UUUGUUCUUUCUGAACUGACUGACUGAGUAGUUUGUCAGGGACAGAAAGGUUCACACCCAGAGCUCUGUAUACUUUAUCCACUUACUGAUAGAAUAAAACUAAAAGUGUAAGAUUAGAUAUUUUUCCUAUUGCUUUAUUUAAAGAGCACGCAGGACUUGGCUCACACAUAAAAGAUAAUAAGUUUGUAGAUUGAGCAUAAAGUCCGUCAGAUGGUGAGCCUGACGUGAUUCCGACGUGAUCCAGACUGAGCGACGUAAACGCGAGAAAAAUAGAAACAACGGACACUGACGUCUGGUGAUGACAACAAGCGGCGCCGCAAAACAAAAGGUUGGAUCGGAAAAGGGGGACCUACAGAGCCAGGCACCAUCCACCACAGAGUGGGUCCUGCUGAAGGUGAUCAAAUGGAAAUGGUCGGACCCAUGGUGGACAGGACCUUACAAGGUGGUGGAAAGGACAUUUCAUGUGGUUCGACUACAAGGGAAAGGAGACAUUUGGUACCAUUGGAGCCAGUGUGCAAUCACAGAACCACCAACGAGAACUCUAGAACAAAUAAGAACAGAAAAAGAGUAGAAGGGUCUUAAACUUUUAAUUUUUGUGUAACGAAUGUCAUGUUUAUUCUAGUAACUAGCCCACAUUAUCCUAGGCCGUUAAGGUUGGGAGUUUUCACUAUUUUAUGUAUAAGUGUUAUGAUACUGUUAAUAAUGGCAACAACCGCGAAGGACAAAAACACAGACGAGGUAGAGAGUCCCAGGAAUAAGAGAUCAACAGGACAAGAGAUGGACAAAUGUUAAGGGAGCCGGGUAUACAUUAGACAUGAUAAAAAGUGUGAUACAAUAUACCGAUAUACCAGUUUGACUUAUGUCAAGUAAUUGACUGUGGCCAAAAUACAGGGAAAUGGAUGACAUAUAUCUUUGUAUCUACACUAUCUACUAUGACCCAUGCCCGUCGUGGGAUAAUGUAAUAACAUGGACUGGGGUACAACGGACACCUAAGAAGUCGUCACCCUCGGAUAAUAGAUGGGAGGUUAGAGACCAUGUGAGCCUGACAAAGGGGCAACUUGAUCAAUUCUCAGAGGUAAAAAAUCCACUCUUGUUAACCCUGACAAGAUUCAACAUUAAUCCUGGUUCUGAAAAGGUACAGAUUUACUGUGGAAUUGAUGACAGAAGCUUUUAUUUUGUAAUAGGAUUUCCCCGCGGCGUACCUCAUGAAUGUAAGUUGGUAGACCAGGUAACAACAGGAUUUGAGAAUCUCCCAAUCAUUAGUGCUUUAUUCCCAGUUACACCGAAUAAAAACGUUGAUCGAAUUAAUUAUGUACAUUACAAUGUACUCAGGCUAGCCAAUAGAACUAGAGACGCCGUGGCGGGACUCUCUGAACAACUGGCAGGGACCUCAUUGAUGACAGUACAAAAUAGAAUGGCCUUAGAUAUGUUAUUGGCAGAAAAGGGGGGAGUGUGCUCUAUGUUUGGAGAUCAAUGUUGUACGUUCAUCCCCAAUAAUAGAGCACCCGAUGGCUCGGUAACCAAAGCCCUGGAAGGAUUAAGAACUUUGUCUGAAGAAAUGCAUGAACAUUCAGGUAUUAACAACCCUCUAGGAGGCAUUUUCGAUUCCUGGGUAGGGAAAUGGAAAGGAUUAAUUGUGUCUGUGUUUAUGUCCCUCGUUGGUAUGACCAUUGUGUUCGUGUUGUGUGGAUGUUGUUGUAUCCCCUGUAUCAGAUCUUUGUUGAACAGGGUAAUUAUUACAGCAAUUGAAGGGAAGACUCCACCGCCCUACCAGAUGUCACAGAUAACGGCAGAAAGCAUGGCACUGGCAAGAGGGGAGGACUACGCGUCGGAGAGUGAAUGUGAUGCAUAAAACUGGUUCGUUGGUCUCAUUUUCAUGAGACCAAAAGGGGGAGUUGUGAAUAUAUAUAUGUAUAAAACUUACCAGGAAAAUAAAUUGUAGAGUCUGA